UUUCACGCAGAUACUCUGCUCCACAAAAAUUUUAAGUCAAUUGUGGUAGCAAUUCCCGGCACAAGUUCCAAAAUGGAACUACAAAACGCGGAGGGGACGGAUUUUGAAUCUGACGAAUUACCUCGGAUGUUGAAGGGAAACUCAUCGAUGGUUACAUUCAGAUGCGAUUUAUUCAAACGAUGAAGGAAGACCAAAUCCCUAGUCAGCUUAUAAAUAGGAAAGUUCGGGCAGCGCCUUGAAUAAAGGUAAUGGGGGAACUCUGUUUUCAAGUAGAAGUGUAAGGAGAGUAUGUUAGGCACUACUGAGUUAGACAACUCUGUCUUAAGUCUGUACUAAAAUUAAGGCAGGCGCGAAACUGUUGCACAAAACUCUCUAGGCAAAAAGUACUCGCACAAAAAUCGCCAAACCAGAGUGCUUCAUACAGGUGGUGAUAUAGCACUCAACUAUUUUCUUUCCACAAAAAAAAAUACAAUACUUUUGCAAGAUGAGUUACAGUAAUGCAGAAAAUUCUAAAAAAUAUAAGACAUUACAAAUAUCAGUGCCGCAACAAUUUAUUUAUAUGGUACAAUUAAACAGACCUAAAAAGCUUAAUGCCAUGAAUGAUAUUAUGUGGAAGUGCCGACAAAGGAUUUUGUUCAGGUAUUGAUGUUCAGGACUUAGUAAACUUUGCCCCAAAAUUAGCAGAACAAGAAGAUGUUGCACGAAAAUGCAAAAUAUUGCAACUUAUGAUAAAAGAAUAUCAAGAUAGCCUUAGUGCUAUAGAAAAGUGUCCAAAACCUGUAAUUGCAGCCGUACAUGGUGCAUGUGUUGGUGCUGGAGUAGAUAUGAUAUCGGCAGCUGAUAUUCGAUAUUGUUCUUCAGAUGCAUGGUUUCAAAUAAAAGAAGUCGAUAUAGGUAUGGCUGCUGAUGUGGGUACAUUGCAACGAUUUCCCAAAAUUAUAGGCUCUGAUAGCUUAGUUAGGGAACUUGUAUAUACUGCAAGAAAAUUUACAGCUUCUGAAGCCUUACAACAUGGUUUUGUUAGUCGUACAUUUGAAAAUCAAGAAAGCUUAUUAGAAGGAUCAAUGGAACUUGCAAAGACAAUAGCAAGUAAAAGUCCAGUUGCAGUGCAAGGUUCAAAGUUAAGUUUGGUUUACUCAAGAGAUCACUCCGUUCAAGAGGGUUUAGAUCAUAUUGCAAUGCUUAAUCAGUCUAUGCUUCAAAGUGAGGAUUUUGCAAAUGCAGCAAUGGCACAGGCUAUUAAAUCAGAAACUCCAGUUUUUUCAAAACUGUAACUGUGCUUUUAUAUUCAUAUUCUUUUUAUAUUCAAAAUAAUAUUGAUGUAUAAUUUGGGAAUAAUUUAAUGGAAUAUUUUUAUAUGAAUAUAUUUACCCUAUUAUAUGAGUAUAUAUAUUUUACAUAUUGUACACUAUAAAUAUAUAUUUUAUAUGCAUUUUUAUAAUUAAUUUUGUUUUUUUGCUAAAUGUUUUUAAUUUAAAAAGUCUAACAAUGAUGUCUUUUGAAUAAGUUAAGUUACUUUAUAGCUGCUAAGAAGGUCUUCUAAUUUACGCUUUUUAGGUGCAGCUUGUAAUCUAGCUGCAUCCAUUUCAUCAACAAUUGAAUACACAUUUCUUUCAUUAGAUAUUUUUACCUAUAAAUGAUUUAUACAAAUAUACUUUAUAUCAUUUGAUUUAAUUUGAAUAACAAACAUUCUGUAUUCUAUAGAAAAAUAUGACAUACGUACAAUUAGUAAAUUAAUAUAAUGCUCAUAAUUAAUUCUUUUCGUUUCUGGAUCACAUGCAAUAACCAUCAUGUCAGCUACUUCUUGUUCUGAAAAUGGUUCACCAAUUUCCAUAAUUGCUUUUUCUAAAACGUCACGCAUUAUGUAGCCUCGAUUUUCAGGAUCUAACAAUUGAAAUGCUUUUAAUAGGUCUUCUGGUUCAGCUGGUUUAAACCUGAAUAUAUGAUGUAAAAUUCAAGUUUGAAUCAGGUAAAAUGUAAACAUAAUUAUAGUUAAAAUUUCUAUAUAACUGACUUGCGUUCGUUAAUAGCUUUGUUCAUGUAUUCUACAAAUCUAUUUAGGGGCACAGAAUUAUUUUCUACAUCUUCCACUUCAACUUGUAUCUCUUGUAAUUCGGCUUCCGUAAUAACGCAUCCCAAUGCUCUAAUAAUAGUUCCUAAAUCUCUAACAUCUAUUUCACCGAUUUUUGAAGUAUCGAAAACAUCAAAUGCCUCACAAAGUCUUUUCUCUAGUAGUGUUGGUUCUAUUGAAGACACUGUAUAUGAAAACCUUAAAUAAACAUAAAUUUCCAAACCUAACAUGCUAAAGUAGUUUCUUAAAAAGUAAUACAAAUUUCAAUUUUUUCUUUCUGUGAAAUACUAUAACGUUUUUUAUUGAAAAAUUGUAUGUACUUUAAGCGAAUAAAUUCAAGUAUAUUUACCUGUACUUUAUCUUAUCCUAACUAUAAUACAUUAGACAUUCUAAUAUACAAAAUUGCCCAUGUAAAUGGUAACAUUAAAAUAUUUUUAUU